ACAAGACAAAUAUACCUUAUAUACCAUGGACUAAUUAUGUAUCCGCCAAAUUACUGAGGCUGAAUAAUUAAUGAUAUAUUAAAGACGUGUGUCGAGUUGUCUUGGACUAAAAAUGAACAGAGACCUCACUAACAAGAUGGCCGGGGCUUUAACUAAUACAUCAGGUGGUCUCAUUCCUCUUAAAACUACGUUAGAAACAAGGGCUCGAGACUCAUUACUUAGUGUUUACAUCACAAGCGUUCCAGUGAAAAAGGCUAGUAAUGUUCUUAAGUAAGUGAGAGAUCUCAUCUGUUGAUUUAUACAUCUACUCAUACCUUCCCAGUUUGACACGAAAACUUUUCCCCGAAGAUGGUGGCUAUGAUUUACAGCACAUCAGGAGAUUUGCGAAACAAACUGAUGUCCCAGAUCACGUUCGUACGUCUUUGCUAGCAGUUAGAACAGAUAGCCAAGCAGAUGCGGAUCUCUCUGAGCUUUUUUUGCUUGUGGGGGCUACGAAUCUCAUCAGCUCGGAAGAAUUGCGAAAUGCUCUUUCUCCCAUUUUGGAUCCAAUAACCAUUUGUUCCAUCAAAGUACCCUUGUUAGCACCAACUUCGCAAGAGCAAGCGAAAUCCUGGUCAUCUAAAUACUGGCCCAUAGUAUAUAAAAAGAGUAAUCCGUUUGGUCCUCAUCCAGCCAUUGUGUCAAGAGCCGAAGAAGAAAUACAGGGCGAAGUUCAGAAGUGGAUGGACUUGGCGGCCGAAGCAGCUCAUUUAUCGAGCACUGCAGGUUUAGGGGAGCAAAUUGGUGCUGUAGUUAUCGAACGAAAGAAUGGAGUUGCGCGGACACUUGCACUUGCUGGUGACGCUCGAUGGAUGAAUUGGCCACGAGUUGGGUCUGGAAAUGUUACUGCACAUGCAGCGCUUCGAGCUACUGCAAUGGUAGCAGAUGGAAUAAAGAUCCAAGAUGAAAGAAAAGCUGGCACAGAAUCAGAAGAGAGUACUUUAGAUGAGAAGACGAUCUUUCGAGAUCAACCUUUGGACACGCUGGAAGCAAAGCAACACAAAUCGGCUGAAUGGGUCGAUGGAUAUCUUUGUCACGAACUGGAGCUUUACAUGACACAUGAACCGUGUGUUAUGUGUUCCAUGGCUAUUGUCCAUUCUCGUUUUGGACGAGUGGUAUUUGGACACCGCAUGCCAAAGACUGGUGGCCUCUGUGCAGACAGCGAGCUUGGACACGGUCUAUUCUGGCGUAAGGAGUUGAAUUGGUCUUUGCUGGCCUGGCAAUGGAUCUCUAAUGGAAAAGAAAUCGAAACAUCUAAAGAACCAAAAAAUCUACUGCCACAUACGGAUGUACAUGCCUAGGGUAUUUGAGAACGCUGCAAGAAAUAGUUGGUGCGCCUGAACGAUGGUUGGGACUCGCCCGAAAAUCUACGAUCCCGCCAUUGUGGAUCGGAAAGACACAUUGUCCCAUGAGAAGCCAAUUUUUACAUGGCUCCGUGUUUCAAUGCUAAUCAAUAGUUGACUAGCCUUACUCUUCCAAUUGGUCCCGGUAAAUCUUUGACAGUUUUCGGAUUUGUACGUGUCAGGAGGCACGUACGAUUCAGCUGCUGGUGAUAUUGAGGAGCAUAUUGGUUCCCAUUGUUGGAAGCCCAACUUCAGCAAAAUUCUAGGUGUGGUAGUGGCAAGGCUGAGGGCACAAAUGAAAGGGAAAAGCACUGUUAUAUUUAAAGAUGUUGGUAUGCGGAGCUCGUCCUGUCUAAAUCCCUGUUGGAAGAACGUGCUUCAUUUUAAAGCUCCCGUUUCAUCAACUUCUAGACAGCCUCCGUAAGACAGGUUACAGGGCCCGAUUGGGAAAAUUUGAACAACCUUGUAUCAACCUCUGAAGCGGAAACGUGUUGAUUUCGCAACUUCUGAUUCGCCUACUCUCUAUUCUUCAAAUAUCAGCCUUGUCGGCUGCAGCCAUCAACUUCAUUAUCUCGCCGUUCCUCGUGAAGCCCUUUCCUUUAUC